AUGCCGCGCCAGAGCGCGUUCGCCGCCGCUGCCGCCUCCGAGUUCCACGGGAUCGCGCUCCGAAGCCGCCCCCUCCUCCAACUCGCGCCCUCUCCGUUCGCAUCUCGCCGCCGCCACCUCGGUUCACCGCCACUUUCGUCGCCGGUGAGCACCCCCUGCCCUUCCCUACUACUCCACCGGAACCGCCGCUUCCACGCGCACCCCCCUGACACCAUCUACCUGCCCAGGAGCCCCCGAAGCCGUCGCCCUGACCUCGUUCGCCGCCCGCCGGAGCUGCAGAGCACCGGGCUCUGCACCGCCUCGUCCCCGCCGCUCCAGUCGCCCCCGAGCUCCACCGAGACCACCCUCGACCUCGCCACGCUCCGCCGCAUCUCCCCGACGUCGCCGCCGCCGCCCAGGACCACCGGAGCAGCUGCGCCGUCCACGCCCGAGCCGCCGUUGUCCGUCGCCGUCGUCGCCACACUUGCUCCGCCCGUGUGCCUCACCUUGACGCUACUGCGCACGCUCCGCCUCCCCCGCGGCGCGCCGCCGCUGGCCAGGGCCUCCACCCGUCCGUGGCUCCAUCCUGGAGCGCCUCGACGCCGGGCUCCUCUCCGCCAUCCGCGCCCGUCGUGCUGCCUCAUCCCGCGGGCCGGCUCGCCGUCCGACCUGGUGCGCCGCCUCCCCGCAAGUCGGUCCCGCGUCGGCCGCCUGCACGCGCCCGCGCUGGGUUGCCCCUACGCGGCCCCAGGCUCGCGCCGUCAUCCGCUCCACGCGUCUGGUGGCCUUCCAGCUCCGCUGGCUGCGCCCACCUUGCAUCGCCCCCAGCCGGCCGCUCGUACGAGCCGCCUCCUGCCCUGCGCGCCUCGCGUCGCCGCCUCGGCGCCGACGUCUCUAGAACUCGGCCCGUCUGGUUCUGCCUGCGCCGGGCCUGGCUCCGGCCUCCGCACUCGCCGGCUGCUGGCCUCCCGCGCCGCGGGUCCGGCCUCCGCGCUCGCCGGCUGCUGGCCUCCCGCGCCGGGUCCGGCCCCCGCGCCCGCCGGCUUGCUGCUCCAGCCAGCAGCUGGCUUCCGCCCGCUUCCCGGCCUGCCGGCUUCUGCCGCAACCCGGACGCCGGCUGCUGCCGCCCUGCUCCUGCCGACUGCUUAG